GCUUUUUCUGAUGCGCAAACAGCGCUCUCGGUACGGUUCUCAUUUUAUAAUAAAUCCAGAUUGUUCAAAGUGACAAGUUAAAACUGUUUUUCUCCGAUCAAUCUCCGGGCGGUCAGAGAAUUUUUUUUUCUGUGGAUCUUCCGGCCAAUUCAAGAAUGAGCCAGGUGUUCGAAGGAUACGAACGGCAAUACUGUGAGCUUUCAGCUAACUUGACGAAGAAGUGCACCUCAGCUAGUCUCUUAGAUGGAGAACAAAAGAAGCAGAAAAUUUCUGAAGUACAAUCUGGAUUGGAAGAUGCUGAGGCUUUGAUUCGCAAAAUGGAUCUUGAGGCUAGGAGUUUACCUCCAAAUUUAAAAGCCACGCUUCUUGCGAAGCUAAGAGAAUAUAAAAGUGAUUUGAACAAUGUGAAAAAUGAAGUCAAAAGGAUUACAUCAGCCAACCAAGCAGCAAGGGAUGAAUUGUUUGAAUCUGGAAUGGCAGAUGCCAAGGCGGUAUCAGCUGAUCAAAGACAAAGACUGAUGAUGUCAACUGAGAGAUUAAAUCAGUCCAGUGAUAGGAUUAGAGAAGGUCGAAAAGUGAUGCUGGAAACUGAAGAGCUUGGGGUUUCAAUUCUUCAAGAUUUGCACCAACAACGGCAGUCUCUUCUGCAUGCUCAUAACACGCUUCAUGGAGUGGAUGACAAUAUUAGUAGGAGCAAGAAGAUACUGACUACCAUGUCAAGAAGGAUGAGCAGGAAUAAAUGGAUCAUUGGAUCAAUCAUUGCAGUCUUGGUGAUUGCAAUCAUAUUGAUUCUUUACUUUAAGCUUUCCCAUUAGUCAAAAUGCCCAGGUUUUUGCAUCUCCGUCCUUUUUUCGUGUUUGAAACUGGAAUGCAUGCAUUUUGGAACAUCUAUUCUCAUCUACUGAACUUCUGGUUGUGGGUCACUUUGAAGCCUUUGUUUGGUAAUGGUAUGUCGUGCUCGAACCUUCAAACUGCAUUUUUAUAACUUCUGGCAGUUUUUGUUAAAUAAUGGUAAAUAAGUCCAUUUUACAUCA